CAGGCAGCCCGCAUCACAUUCCUCCGACCCUGUUUCUCAGCAGGGCACUUUUUACAGGGCUGGGUUUCGCCUUGAUUGAUUACGUCUGCCAUUGUGGCGUUGACAUCUUAUGCGGGAGUCCUGCUUGGUCCUUUAUCAUGGGAGCAUGAGGAAUGGUCAUUCCCCAGCGACACCCGUCGAUAACAGUGAAUAAUAGCCGGGAAGGGAGACAGACGAUAGUAGGAACACGCUCAACAGAGGUGCUGUUAUUCUUGGGGCAGGAGGCUUCUGCAGAGGAGGAGGAGAGCUGGGAGGGUGGACAGGGGAGUCCUGUCAUUGCUGAUGCUCUCUAGGGCUCAGCAGCUGUAGAGAAACAUUGACUAAGGAUGGUCAAAGCUGGGAAGGAAAAAAGAGAGGAAGGAAAGGGAUGAAGUGAAAGGAGCUGAGAGCUACGCUGGAGAGUACGGACAGCCUGGUGACCUCUAGUGCGCAAGGGGUGAAGGAAGCAGACUGUGAUUGACUAUGUGGACCAUCUGGGUGAUCAUCUUCUGGAUUUCAGCUGUCCUGAUCAGAGCUGUCCCACCUGUCUGUGACCUCCUGAGUGUCCUGAAAAAGGAGGAAGAAAAAUGUGCUGAGAUUCUCUCGCUGGAGGCAAAGAACAGAACACCUGAAAAUGAACUGCUCCCGAGCUCAGGCAGAUGUGCUGGAAUGUGGGAUAAUAUGAGCUGCUGGCCUUCGUCUGACGUGGGACAGAUUGUCAACGCUCACUGCCCUGAAUUCUUCCAGAUGUUGACUGGGAAAAAAGGUUUUGUCUACCGAAACUGUACGAGUGAGGGUUGGUCAGACCCAUAUCCAAGACCUGAUAUCGCUUGUGGCUACAAUGUCAAUGACACGGCAAACGAGGCGAGACGUUCGUAUUUCAUGACUCUGAAGACCAUGUACACCAUUGGAUACUGCACCUCCCUCGUGACGCUGACGAUAGCGUUAGUGGUCCUGGCCUGUUUCAGAAGACUUCGCUGUACAAGGAACUACAUCCACAUGCAUCUCUUCACAUCGUUCAUUUUGCGAGCUUUGUCCAACUUCAUCAAGGAUGCUGUUUUGUUUUCCUCUGAAGACACAAAUUACUGCGGGGCAUACACGGCUGGGUGUAAACUCACCAUGGUCUUCUUUCAGUAUUGCAUCAUGUCUAACUACAGCUGGCUCCUCGUGGAGGGACUGUACCUCCACACUCUCCUGGUUAUUUCUUUCUUCUCAGAAAGGAAGUUCCUCUGGAGGUUCAUCGCGCUUGGAUGGGGUGCCCCAACUGUAUUUGUGGCUGCAUGGGCGACUGCUAGGCAGCUCCAUGAAAAUAUUGGGUGUUGGGACAUUAACACUGAUGCCAAUACCUGGUGGAUCAUUAGAGGCCCUGUAGUUUUGUCUAUUUUUGUUAAUUUCAUUCUUUUUGUUAACAUUUUGAGAAUCUUGAUGAGGAAGCUCAGGUCACCUGAAAGACGGAGCAGUGAUUUCAACCAAUACAAGAGACUUGCAAAAUCAACGCUCCUCCUCAUCCCUCUCUUUGGGGUCCACUACAUCAUCUUCGCUUUUUUCCCUGAAGACACUAGCAGUGGCACAAUGGAAAUUCAGCUGUUUUUUGAAUUAGCUCUUGGAUCAUUCCAGGGCUUUGUCGUGGCUGUACUUUAUUGUUUUCUUAAUGGUGAGGUUCAGCUGGAAGUUCAGAGAAAAUGGAGGCAGUGGCAUUUAAACAAACACUUGCGUCAGCAUCUCAGCACCUCAGCGAGUAACGGAGGAAGUGGCUUAACUCAAGAGAUGCAGAUGGUGAGGUCGAGCCCACCAGAGCACAGGAGAGCAACUCUCCAAAGAUCAAGCGUGCUUUAACACUGUAUGCUUGGAGGAUACCUCCAUGCUCAGAUACACAUGGUUAAGUCCCAUGGACCGUGCUGGGAGUCUUGUGUAUGUAUCCAAAAGCAGGACUUGGCUGUAGAUCAACGGUUCUUGAAGCACAUCUGUUCAUUUAUAUCCUGCGCAGCACCAGAGUUAUUUUGCAAGGCAAAACGGGCCAAAACAUUAUGUCCUUCCUUGGGUUUCUGGCCACAGUCAUUUAUGUUUCUUUCCACACCAAUAUUUUUCAGCUGCUAUUUCUACCUUAAAGGUGACCUUUCAUUUUCCAUGUGGUUCUCCAACAUGUUUCAGGAUAAGCCAGGCUGGUGAGUUUUAGAUGUUCUCUAUUUCUUCUGCUGUUGAAGCUGGGAGGACGUUCAACUUUGUACGAUGAAGGUUCUGUGCCAUCUUUUAACACAGGCCAUGGGCUUGAAAUGCAAAAUUAAUUCACCGCUAAAAUUUACCAAGACUCAAAGUCUUUCUAUUGUGGUGAUGGACACUGGACACUAAGAACAUAAAGCACAGCUGAGCUCCUGUUUCCUCUCUGACUGCAUAUCCAUUGCUCAGGUAUGCGCCAGUGGCAGGUUCAGACAGUUUUCUUCCUUUGCCUCUUCUGACAAUGGAGACCUCAGAACUAACAGUGGUACAAUUCAGAUCUUUGUAUCUUUUUGAAAUAGUAAAAAAACUAUUACAGCAUAUUCCAAGGGUGUCCAAGAAAACUUUAGUAAGAUGGCUCUUUCCUAUUAUGUCUGUAGCUCUGAGACUUGUCCAGUUACUCUUUGAAGGGAAGCAAUGAAAGCCCUUGAGACAUUUAAAACUCAAUUGAACUGGACCAUACAAGGUAUCUUGUGAAAAACACCACCAUAGCAUCUGGCAAAAAUCUCUUUAGAGUCUACAAUCCCACAGCGUGCUGAAAUCUACAAGACCGUGCAUUGUAAUACACUGUCACAAGGUAUCUGAGCUUCUAUUGCAGCUUUAUGUUCUUAAGGAUCAAAUUGUUAAGCAAGUUUCCCUGGUUUGACCGGGAAAGGGAUAAAACAAUUCAUCCAACAAAUGCAAUCAAGCCUCCUACUUGAUUUUGUAUCUGCAUUUCCCCAGUUGGGGCAAUUCUUGCCUGGUUUUCUUCAAGGGCAAAGAUGACUGAGCAGAAAGCAAGUGGCUUUUAUCACACUUCUCUCUCCCUCCUCCCGGAUCACUUACAAGACAUUGGCAAAACAUGCAUGGUAUGUCAAAUGCUGACCAAGUGACAUUCCCCAACACUCUGCCAAAACUGCUCUAAGGAGCUUUUAUUCACACCAAACCAUCAUGGUAGACCUCUGCCACUUUACCAGAAGGCAAACAUGCAGAGAAAUUCAAAGGAUGCUUUCAAAGUUAAAUCACCUGUGCAGAAGCAGAUUUUUAAGUGCUAUUAGCACUGUUUCAAAACCCGAGAUUCAGGAAAAAUGUCUGUUUUUCUCUGCUGGUGCUGCCAGUUAGAUGGCACAGCCUGUGUCCUCCCUGGUGAAGCAGGCAUUGUGGGUAGCAGCACCACUGACGGCAGCCAGGCCAGGAAGGGCACCUUGGCAGGAGGGAGGGUUUUGCAUUCGCUCUGGCCUCCCUUGCCCAGUUUGCUUUGCCUGCUGAUGCAGGUCACCCAGCAGCAGGAGAGCUGAACGUCUUUAAAACCAGGGGAAAAAAAAAUAAAAAUCAAAUAUAAAGCAGUCAACUGGCAAGCCGUUCCAGGAAUUUAUUUUAAACUUACAUUUUUUGGAAAUAGCAAGUUUUUGAGUCGACUUUGUCCUUUGAAACUCAGCCAAAGCAAGUAGAAGGAACAGCAGAAAAGCAGGAUCAGUCCCGUGACUGAGAGAGAAGUGAAAGUCCCUCCAUGCGUGUUUGGGUGAAAGACCUCACUUCUUGCUGACUUACCCAUGCCAAGCAGAGCCUCCAAACUUCUUGGGGGUUCAUUCUGUCCCGGCGCAUUUAGCAAGCCAGAUACUUCCGAAAAGAUACAACCAUUAGGCUAAUUUUCUCUCUAGACUGCAAAUAAGACCAAGAAGAAUGGAACAACUUGUAUGUUCCCUGUCUGAGAAUUAAACAUCUAUCAGUCAAGCCAAAGCAGCUGUUUGUUUUAAAUGCAAGUGCUUUCUUCCGGCAUAAAUAAAUAAAUAGAGAUUCAGAGAUACAAUAACAUGUAAUUAAUUAGAUCUGAUGCAAUUAUCGGGCCUCCCACAAGCCAGUGCGAGAGCUCAGCCCUGCAGUACGUUGUUAGGACCAGCCCUGAUGGCACAAGGUUGGGUGGAGCCCAGACUGAGCAUGAGACUUACUUGUACAGCGAGUCCUGGUGAAGCAGGGACAAACCACAUGCUCCUGAACAAAAUGCUGCUGCUUUCUAUAUUUAAAAAAAGAGUUCUAGCAUAAGUAAUUGUUUUACAUGGCCAUUUUGGUUUUAUUUGACUUGCCUGAAAUAACAAAAAAAAAAAAAAGGAAGUAUUUCCAGAUUCUGUAUUACAUGUUUGCUUCAGGCAUCAAGUGCUGGUCUGGUUUGUAUGAAGAGCUGUGGCUCCAUAAAAGCCCUCAGAUGUCAGGUGGCAUUUGGAGUCCUCGUUUUUUUGGGAAGAACAAGUCCACUGGUGCAGGUGCCAGAAGCAGAUGGCCCCAGGCAUUAGGAUGCUGUGACCUGGACGUAGAAUGCUGCUGCCAAGCACCACCAUAGUGGGAUGGGUUCUCACCUCGCCCAGCUUCUGCGGAGGUGGUACAAAAGCACCUUUCCCUGCGGGGGAUCUCUCUUGAUUAACUGUACUGACAAAUACUGAAGAAAAGAGCUACUUAGCUCCAGGAACACUGACGAAUUUAUAAGCAGAGGAAGAGGGAAGUGAAUCUCGGCGAGC